CCAUUCCAGAUCGUCCCUAGAUGAAACGAGCGACUUCAACAGCCGGGGGGGAAAUGAGAACGAAAUCUCCCUAGAAAUCUCCCCAGAAAUUUCCCCAGACGCCGCGGACGAAAUCUCCCCCAAACACCGCAUUGGACCACAUGGAGGAAACACAAAUCGUCGAAAGGGUCCUCGUGUCGCCACAUCUUCACAUGAAUCUCGACGACAGUGAUGAUGCUACCUGAUGGAAACACUCGUGCAGGGGGAAAAGGAAGUCAUUUGAUUCCCGUUGGAUUUAUGUGAAGGAAAGAAUUAUAUCCCGUCAAUAUUUUCUUCUGUUUUGUGCCAGUCAUGAAAACGAGACAUUUCCAGUUUCUAUUUAUAUAUUUGUUUAUUCUUCUAGAGUUCCUGGUGACCCAGAAUGGCAAUAGUAAUAAAGGACAUUCAUUGAAAAAAUAUAAAUAUGAAAAACAUCGUUUAGAUUUCUGAUCAUUUCAAUCAUUACCGAAAAAUCGACUUUCAAAAUUUCAAGAAGAUUCAAGACAGUGAUUUUUUUCCAAGAUGGCUGCGAUGCACAUAAAAGAAAAUGAGAGAACAUCUCUAGAAUAAUCUUCAUGAGGACACUGGUGCAGAACAUGAAAAUAAAAGACUCUUGCAUUUAUUUCUAAAGGAUUUCUCUAAGAUGAAUGUGGAAGAAACUCGCAUAAAGAUGAGAAAAAGACAGUGGUUUGCGGGACUCUGAUGCGACAGUAUGGUUAGAAAAAGUGCAUUAUAUUGACAUUUUUGUUCUCAUGCAUUCAAGAUGGCGGUUUUUCUAAAAUGGAGGAUAUUUUUCGAGCUGCUUCUUAGCUAUCUACUCUUGACUUCUGCGGAAUCAAGUGACGAAGGAGAACCUGACGAUCAGGCCCAGCAGUUCGCCGUGGUUCCCGAGAGCGUCGAAGUGAACGCCGGCGACGACGUCUUUCUCAAAUGCGUCGUUCUGAACCAGCAGGGGAAGACGCAGUGGACGAAGGAUGGCUUCGCCCUUGGCUUCGAGAGGGACGUCCCGGGAUAUCCUCGGUACUCCUACUCGGGAGACCCCGCGAAGGGCGAACACCACCUGGUCAUCAACGGCACGACCUUGGAGGACGACGGGGAGUACCAGUGCCAAGUGGGACCCACUGCCACGACCAGUGCCCUCUGGGCAGCGGCCAAUGUCACCGUGAUGGUGCCUCCGUCGAGCAUCAGCGUCACGGGAGACCAGGGCGGGAAGAAGGUGGCGGGGAUUACGGGGCAGACCCUCCAGUUGGAGUGCAUCGUCAAGGACGGAAGGCCGGCCCCAUCCGUCGCCUGGUACAGAAACGGAUUCAUGCUGGAUCAAGAUCUCCAUGCGGAGAGGUUGGAGACCUCCCCCAAAGGGCGCAGGUGGAGCGUCGUGAGCCACCUGGUCAUCACGCCCGAGGCUGACGACGACGGGCAGCAGUUCUCCUGCAGGGCGUUGCACCCGUCCCUCAUGAAUUCCCCGACGUCCUUGGUGGCCUCCGUAGUCUUGUCCAUCCUGCAUCCGCCAAAACCCCCGGCCAUCAGCGGGUACUUCACGGGGGAUGUUCUGAAAGCUGGGGAGCUCGUCACUCUCACCUGCGAAUCCCCUGGGGGCAAUCCCACCCCAGAACUCACCUGGUACAAGGACGGGCAGCUCCUGGAUCCUCAGAAUUUCACUUCAGGAGAUGAGGAAAGAAGUAACAAAGACGGGAAACUCAGUCUGGUCUUCAGGGUGAAGCCGGAAGACGAUAAGGCCGUUUUCGAGUGCCAGGCUGUCAACGAGAUGGUCGACGAGCCGCUGAGUGCCAACGUCACCUUCACUGUGCAUUACAGUCCAAAACGGGUCGUGGUCAAAGGCCCAUCAGUCGUGGCAGCUGGGCAGACCUUUACUCUGACCUGCUUGACCUCCAGGGCCAAUCCCUCAGCAUCAAUCAACUGGUUGGUUCACGGAGUCGAGGUGGCCACUGUAUCCUCGCUGCGUGCGAAUGCAGCUGCUUACAAUUCCGCCAGUGACGAGGUAGCCAGAGAGACGCGUCUCAUCAGUGUCAUAAGGCCCCCUGGACGCCCCAGCCUGCAGGUGGAAGGGGUGGGGGAUGUGGUGGCAGGAGGGCAACUGGUGGUCAAGUGCAGCAGCGCAGGAGGGAACCCACAUCCGGGCGUCACGAUCUACAAAGGGCACGAGAAGCUCCUGACGGAGGUGACCGUUGACGGGAGGGUGACCAGAGCGAGAGCCGUUACAGAGGUCACGGCCUCCGACAACGGAGCCAAGGUGUCCUGUCACGUGACGAAUCCAGCCACUGACAUCCCCUCGUGGCCAAUACUGCCAUCGAGCUGUUCUUCUCCAGUUCCUCCUUGGGAGGUGAAGGCCUGGGUGUCCCCGACCAACGUCUCGGCAGGUCAAGUGGCCAAACUGAUCUGCGAGUCGUCCUCGAGCCUCCCCGCUUCGAGUAUCACUUGGAGGUCGGGCUCCGUCACCAACUACGGAGCCACUUCGAUGAACAGGCCAGGGCUCUACGGAGGUCAGGUCACCAGAUCCGUGCUGGAAGUCAGGGCCCUAAUUGAGGACAAUCAACGGACGUACAUCUGUGACGCCACGAACGGUCUGGGCGUUACCGUAACGACCAACGUUACUCUCAACGUGUUACAUGAACCUGUAUGGAAAGACGUGCCCAGCGGGGUAGUGGAGGUCAGGGAGAAAGAUGACCUUCUCCUCAAGGCAGUAGCCGAUGCCAACCCACCUCCUGUGACUUACAAUGGGGGUGGAGAGGGCCCUGUCCUAAUUCAGGAGGGACCAGGAGGAGGGUGGGGGCCUGUUGGAGAUGAAGAGGGUACACCGCCAGGAGGCAGGGGGCAUGAUGAUGAUUCUUCUUCUUCUCCUGCCUCCCACAAGACGGACCGGAGAGCAUCAUGGCGCCGAAGAGGUCACGGUAUAGACGAAGAUGGUUCGACCGUCAUCACCUGCUCCGCCAUCGGGAACCCCACGCCGAAUAUCACCUGGUUCACCCAGGAUAACGACUCUAGCAUCCGCGAGGUGUUGUCUUGGGGCGUAAGCGAAGCUCGACUUCUGAUCGACUUCGUCACCAGAGCUGACACUGGGUUCUACAAGUGCCUGGCUUCGAACGUAGUAGAGACCGCUAGGCCGAUCAAGACUGCUGUGGUCGUUACUCAGGCACCAGAACCGCUGGAAGAGGUAGCCUCCAGAGAGGACGCCCCGAGCAGGCCGUGGGCAAAGGUGGGCGGAACGGGACGCCUAGAGUGCUUCGUGAAGGCGGCGCCCGCGCCCAAUUUUCGGUGGACCAUCAAUGAAGACAGGGUCCUGUUCAAACAGUCGGAAAUACUUCGUCAGGGGACCACAUAUUCCUGGAAUAUUAAGUCCUUUCAAAGUUCUGGAAUGUCACAUUUGUGUACCUCCUCCCAGAGUCCUGGAAUGUUAACUCUUUUCAAACUCCUGGAAUGUCACAUCUGUCUAAUGGACGGUUUGGCAGAGUGGUCUUCAGUCUUGGAGAUCAGGAGCGUUACUUCGAGAGACUAUACGACUUAUACCUGCACGGCGUCGAAUUAUAAGGGAGCUUAUACCUCCAACCACACCCUGGGCCCCCCAAUCCCCCCACACCAGCCUUAUAACAUCAGCGUAGCCAGUGUCAUAGGCAGCACAGCCAUCCUUACCUGGAUUCCACCUAGCCACGGGACCACGCCUUCGGGAUACACAAUUCGUUAUCGACCACUGCAUGAUGAGGAAUACUUACGUCAAAAAUGUCGCAGGGCGCGGAACGACAACUGUCAAAAUCCAAGGACUGUCUCCCGGAGCCACGUACGAGUUUGCAGUCCAAGACUUACAAACUCCCAGGGCACUUCAGACUUUACGUCUCCCUCAACAAAAGUCGCCAUACCAGGCGUGGUGGAAGAAGUCGCGAGCAGCAGCAGUCAGCCUCGCGUGCCGCGGCUGACUCUAUUACUGAUGUCCUUGACUGGGGCUGCUCUGUUGGUCUUGAAUAUAUCCAUCAUUAUUUGCUUCAUCAGACGCUUCGCUUUGAGCAGGAAUACCCCAGCUUCGUCUUACAAAACCGCUAUUUCCGAGACAUAUACACCUGCGUCGACACCUGCCAUGAUCACAGAUGACGACGAGGAGGAGAAAACUGGCGGGCCUGAGAUUGUCACCUCCACUUCGCAAUACCAGCUCACUAGGCAGUCAUCCAUAAGGAAAGAAGAUAGGGGCAGCCCAGGGAUAACUAAAAUAAUCCACCACUACAACACAGACAUCGUCGAGACAUCUAAACCUCAGGACGGCCUACAGCCAACGAUCCUAAUCCCGUCUCCCAGUUCGUCACCAUCGACAGUCCCACAACCAGAGCAAAAGUGCCUUAAUGAACGCGGUCUGAAUUUACGAAGCCACGGACCUUCAAACCCAAAGACUGAACCAGCAAAGUACAAUGACUUCGUCACGGAUGAUGGACGCCAUUUGGACGACAACAUCGCAAAGCGCACGAAGGCCGAUGCCCAAGACAUCCCAGACGUAUGCCCCAAAAGCUCAGGCUCAGGCGGGUCCUCUUCCUUUCGCCAGAGAGCCAGGAAGGUCCUUGCCAGGAGGAUGACGAGGGUGUCUUUAUGCGUCACACCAUAG